CCAACCUUCCUUGCAUCACAGGCUUUGUCGACAAAAAAAACACAAAAUGUCUCCGUGCUAUGCUAAGAAUGACAUCUACUUCAUCCGAGACCGAAUUAUUCACUACACCACCAACAAGUCCGUCACAGAUAACAACAUGCCAACUACCUGGCCGUCUUUUGGUGCAACCCUGCUUUCUAGAACUGGAAUUUGAUAAAUCCCGCUUUUCACUUCCAACUACGGCCAGGGGCAUCUGUUGUUCGGCCAAGAACGUCUGGUACUCCAAUCAUCAUUGGCCCGAGCAAUCUCAAUACAAACACCUAUUCGAACAAGCCUCAGAAACGUGGGAGAAGCUUGCACCGGAGUUCAACAGAAUAUGGAAUAAGAUAUGGAGAAGGUCACUUGCAACAACACCAUGGACCGUCGAGCUACGACUUGCUGGUGUUCACCUGCCCAACGAGCAGCGAAUUAUCAUAAAACCAAGCAUUUGGAUAAGGAGUACCGAUGAAGCCAUUCGAAGCAGUACUGUUUGGAAAAGGCUUCAAAAGGAAGUUCGGAAACUCGGACUUGAUUCGGUCCAGUAUGCAUUAACCUUCGCUGAAGGUGGCUUAAGGUCAGCAAACGGCCCAGCUUCUGUGCCGUUAGAACGUUUGAGCUUGACAAAGGGCAUCGAGUUAUCACAUGGCGCAAGUUUACAUACCCAUGUUACCUGGUGGACCGUCAGUAUGCCUUACGAAUGUGGUGAGGUCUGUUUAACUACCAUUGUUAAAGAUGGGCGAAUAGUUUAUCAGGAAGUAUCCCGCAUCGGAGGCGUACUGGUCAUCAAUGCCUCACUCGCGGCUGGGGUGACCUCUGGACACACUAUGCUCCUUUACUUCUUGCAAAACACGGACGAGGUGACCCCGAUGGACGGGAACGAUCUACAAAGCACUCCUCAAAGCUCUGAUUCGAACUCCUGUUCAGAGGAUGAUGACGGAAAAGCAAGUAGCGAUGAGUGCGAGCUCGUGGAGAACGAUACCAACAGUCCAGACCCCAUUUCUGAUCUCGGCUAUAUCGGUCUUGAAAAGGUCGGCAGUUGGGUUCCAGUAACCCUAUCAGGAAUGAUCAAUUUCAUACAACAAGCCGAGGUCCCCCUUUCGCCCGAAGAACCGUAUUUGAAACUCGUCAGUAUUUCAACUGGCCCGAUACCUGCCGACUUUGCUCUUGUAUCUCGACAGGAGUUUGGUGUUCCUUUAGGCCACAACGACAACAUUUACAAUUUUAAUGGACGAAAGAAUGUAUCGAAUAUGUGUCCUGACUCUUGGCUGGCGGCGAACGAGCACGAAAUACUUGUCUUGCUGGGUAAUGGAAUCGAAGGCUCAGCAGGUUUCCUGCAACCAGCGAAAUUGCCCUUUUCUGUUGGGAGCACGACCAUAUGGACACGUAAAAUUCGUCUGACUGCACCUUUGGGUCGUGGCACAUCCGGUUCUUGGGUUGUCCUACGAGACUCGGGUAGGCUAUGCGGCUCAAUCAUAGCGGUGUUCGAACGCGAGCCAUAUGCACUUAUGAUAACCGCGCAGACGCUGUUCUCCGACAUUAUACAGUAUUCUCGAGAUGUAAGACUCGUCACACUGGGGUCUCCUAAACUUGACCUGAAAGAUGAAGGUCAAGCAUUAGUAUUCAAUGAUCUUGGGCACGAAGUGGGCCUAAGGGAUGUCAAUAAGGAGGAGCAUAUCUCAUCAUCGGCAGUGAAAUCCAAUUGGGCGAUGGAGGAUUCCAUAGCGGCGCCUGAAGAGCCUCCGAUCGCUUCCCAGCUCCUGGCCUGUAGUCCAACACCCACAGCUCCUAGCCACAGGCGGCCGCAUAUGGCUAACUCUCUUGGCAAUAACCCAGGAAGCCUUACUUAUAGCGGGUCAUCCGAUACCGGAUCAUCUGAGUUCUUGCCAAUGCCACAGAACCAAAGUCUGUCAGAUACACGUAUGGAAAUGUGGUCACCUGAUGAUAAUGUCAUUGCUCGAAUCUCUGCCAAGGUCAUCAGCGGGACGAAGUUCGAUUUCACCACUAUAAUGGACCUUGAGUCCGAGAUAUCAGAGACACAACCUUCAGCAAGCCUGUUACGGUUUCCAGAUACCUCUCGUGCCGACUCGGCUCUUAUGGGAUGUGGUUCCGUGUUUGGCCAGUUUAUACCUAGCGGCCAGAUAUAUUUCAGCCUUUGAUAUAGGGAAUAAAUGGAAAUCGAACUCAAAGUCAAAGCUAACACUUGUUGGUUGGCUUUGCAGUCAACUGUCACAAGAUCUCGAUUACGAAAUAGAGAUCUAGCUAUGGGGAUUGACAUUAUCUAUUGAUUGUAAUAUACACUCUUAAUUAAUUGCAUUUAAAAUAUAUAGUAUUCUAGG